UUAGGCAUCAAUCAUCCAUGAAAGCUGGAGCGGCGGCUCAACAGCCGGUAGUGGCGGGUGCCCGCUCGCCCCGUCGUCGUCCCUCGUCUCGCCUCCUCCUCGCUGUCCUCCUCCUCUGCCUCGUCGUCGGCGCCGAGCGGGGAGAGGGGCAGGCGGCGGGAGGGAGGCGGCGGGUGGACGUCGGGGUGAUCCUGGACCGGACGACAUGGCUGGGGAACGUCAGCUGGGCGUGCAUGGAGCUGGCGCUCGAGGACUUCUACGCCGACGCGCGGUACGCCAGCUACAGCACCAGGGUCAGGCUGCACCUCAGGGACACCGGACCGAGCGCCGUCGACGCCGCGUCGGCAGGUGUCGAUCUACUAAAAAAUGUUCGUGUACAAGCAAUCGUGGGGCCACAGACAUCAACUCAAGCCAAAUUUCUUGCAGAGCUUGGGAACAAGUCAUCGGUUCCAAUCAUUUCGUUUUCUGCAGAUAGCCCAUCCUGGUCGCCCAGUCAGACCCCAUACUUCAUCCGGAUGGCAUGGAAUGAUUCUUCUCAAGCAGAAGCUAUCGCCUCGCUCGUCCAGAAAUUCAAUUGGAGGGAAGUCGUUCCUGUCAUCGAGGAUGAUGGUACCAACACUAGAUUCAUCCCUGAUCUUGUUGAUGCCCUGAGACAUGUUGGUACUCGUGUUUCGUACAGGUGCAAGAUCCAUUCUUCAGCUGGAGAUGAUGAGAUAAAGGGAGCUAUCUCAAGUUUAAAAGGCAAUUGGACCAGUGUAUUUGUUGUGCGCAUGUCAUACCAGUUAGCCCUUAAGUUUUUCCGGUUUGCCAAGGAUGAGGGGAUGAUGGGCCAAGGCUUUGUAUGGAUUACAGCAUAUGGUUUGACAGAUAUUUUUGACGUAAUUGGUUCUCCUGCACUUGAUGUGAUGAAUGGUGUUGUUGGGGUUGAACCUUAUGUUGAAGACACUGAGAGACUUCAAGAUUUUAAACAGAGAUGGCAUCGGAAAUACAAAAGGGAAAAUCCAGGCACAAAACUGAAUGGGCCUAUACUUUCUGGUCUGUAUGCAUAUGAUACUGUAUGGGCAUUAGCAUUAGCUGCAGAGAAGGCUGGAUAUGUGAGUUCAGACAUCAUGGUGUCUGAAACAAACAAUGGAUCCACCGACUUUGACAGACUUAGUACUUCCAAGGCUGCCGAGAAAUUGCAUGGUGCAUUGUUGAAGACUAGUUUCAUUGGCAUGACUGGGACAUUCCAUAUUCAGGACUGGAAAUUGUUAUCAACAACUUACAGGAUAAUAAAUGCAGUUGAUGAGGACAGAAAAGUAGUUGGUUUUUGGACUCCAGGAUUGAACAUAUCCGGAAAUCUGAAAAAGAGGGUUGAUCUUUACAACAUUAUAUGGCCAGGUGGCAGUGACAAGGCACCAAGAGGAUGGCUAUUGCCUGCAAAUAAAACACUCAAAAUAGGAGUACCUUUUAAACCUGGGUUUAGCAAUUUUAUUCAAUUUGCAAAUGGUAAAGCCACCGGGUUCUGUGUCCGUGUGUUUGAGGAAGUUAUUCGUGCAUUACCUUAUGAAGUACCCAUUCACUAUGAAGAGUUUGGAGAUGGUAACGGAGAAAGCAAUGGAACCUAUGACUCACUUGUCUACAAAGUUUAUCUUAAUGAAUUUGAUGCAGUAGUUGGUGAUAUAACAAUUCUAGCCAACCGUUCUUUAUAUGUGGACUUCACUCUUCCUUAUACCGAGUCAGGCGUACGCAUGCUGGUUCCAGUUAGGGACCAGAGACAGAAGACUGCAUGGACAUUCCUCAAGCCUUUGUCAGCUGGUCUAUGGUUAGGAGCUGGGGCCUUCUUUGUCUUCACAGGUUUUAUAGUUUGGUUUAUGGAGCACAGAACAAAUCAUGAAUUCAGAGGACCACCAACCAGUCAAAUUGGAUCUACCUUCUACUUCUCCUUCUCAACACUUGUAUUUGCUCAUAGGGAGAGUAUUGUGAACAACUUAUCAAGGAUUGCAGUAGUAGUUUGGCUUUUCGUGGUGCUAAUAUUGCAGCAGAGUUAUACUGCAAGCUUAAGCUCAAUUCUCACGGUAGAACAGCUUCAGCCAACAGUCGCCAAUUUAGAUGAAGUUAUCAGGCGAGGGGAUUAUGUUGGCUACCUCGCCGAUUCUUUCAUGCCUGGGCUUUUGAAACGGUUGAAAAUUAAUGAAUCAAAACUGAUCCCAUUCAACUCUCCUGAGGAGUACAACGAUGCCUUAACAACUGGAAGAGUUGCCGUCAUUGUUGAUGAAAUACCAUACCUCAAAUUGUUUCUCUCCAAGUAUUGCCACAACUACACUAUGGUUGGGCCAACUUACAAAUUCGAUGGAUUUGGUUAUGCAUUCCCUCAAGGUUCUCCACUCGCACCUGAAAUUUCAAGGGGAAUACUGGAAUUGGCGUCAAACGACACAAUGGCUGAACUGGAGAAAGAGUUGUACCGUGAUACAAUGUGCCCAGACAAACUUGACUCCCAAACUUCAAGUAGCCUUACACUGCACAGCUUCCUUGGGCUGUUCAUGAUCACAGGGGCAUCUUCAUUGCUGGCUCUUGUUCUGCAUGUUGGCAUAACGCUUUAUAAUAAUCGGAGUCAUUUGAUCAGUGCCUGCAGUCAGGGUUCAUGGCGUGCAUUGCUUGCCAUUCUCUUCAAGAUUUUUCAUGAGCAUGACAAUAUCUCCAAUACUCCGGAUAAAGAUGAGACCAGAAUUGCUAACAUUGAUCCUACAGUUGAGAGCCCAUGGGGCAUGUCUAAUCACAUCAUCGAGAACUUUGAUUCAGACACUGAUUCGGGAAGCCCAGCAGAAGGAGAAGGAACACCAGGUAGGGAAGUUUCAAAUCAAGAUCCUGGUCCACCAUCAUUUGCGUACAUGCAUUCUGAGGGGGUAAUGGAGUAGUAUUCUUUUAUCUCUUGCCAUUGCGAAGCACCAAAGGACUCUAUGGUCAUCGCAUACUGUUCAGUGUAAUUGAUUCAUUUGAUGCACAGAUGUAUAGUCUGCUUUUAGUUUCAUCAUUAAUACAGAUGUAUUAACCUGUACUGCUGAUUGUUUUCAUCAAUAGUUAAGUAGAAAAUUCAGCAUAGUACAUUCAUUAUUGAAAGGCAUAUGAGAGGAACCUAUCUGAUGAGUUCGUCUAA